GGUGACCACGUGUUCCUGCAGCAUGAGCAGCCUGGAUCCCAACAGUCAGAGGAGCAGAGGAUCCUUCAGCAGAUGUCUGCGGAAAUGGUGGAGGUCUCAGUGAAGGCAGCAGAGCCGCUCCGGGCCGCCGGCAGCCUGCAGCAGAACCGCCUCUUCCUGGACUUCUUCUGGGACCUGGCGAGACCCGACCAGGAGGUCCGACUGAAGGCGGUGGAGAACCUGGUCCAGUACCUGAAGACCCAAAACAAGGAAGAUGAGCUGGAAUACACCUUUAAAAGACUCGUGGAUGGACUCGGUCACACUCGGGAGACGGCCAGACCCGGAUUCAGCCUCGCUCUGGGGCAGGUCCUGAGUGCCUUUGAGGAUGUCUCCCUGCAGAGCGUCCUGGACAGAAUCAAAGAAAAGCACAGCCUACAGGCCGUGAAAAAGAAACUUGCCCGAAAUGCAAUGUUUGGAAACUUGUUUGGCGUCCUCGCCCUUCAUCAGUCCGGACGCCUCUCUAAGGAGCCACCGGUGGUUUUGGGAUGCGUGAAGCUCCUGCAGAGUCUCAGUCAACACAAGCAGCAUCUGAAGGACCUUCCCAACAAGACCAUGACGGACAUCCUCAGUGAGAUCCCAGAGGAGGUGUUUGAGGAGGUCCUGCUCAGCGCUCUUCAAACUGACCUGGCGUCAGCCUUCAGGACUCCAGAGCAGCUGCAGCUGCUGCUGGUCGCUCUGCAACGCUUCCCUCAAACCCUCAAACCCAAGAAACUGAAGAACCUGCUGGGCUCGUCCACCAUCAUCAACGCCGACAACAUCCCCAGGUUGACAGAGGUGCUGAAGAUGGCAGCUCAGUCGGUGAAGAAGGAACGCGUCCUCCCAGCGGUGGUCCUGGACCUCCUCAAGCUCUCUCUGAAGGAAGACAGCUUCCAGCUCUUCUGGAAUAAAGCCAUAGUGGACGGCAUGUUGAAGGAGCAGCAGGGGCCGACGCAUUUCCUGAGUUUCCGUCUGCUGGGCGCCGCUCUGCCGCUGCUGUCUUUGUCUCAGCUGAAGGAGGUUCUAUCUGGAGAGGUGAUGAUGCUCUACGGAGAACAUGUGGUCACCGCUCAGAAACCCGACCGUUUCAAGCUGGCUCCAGAGAUGGACGACUAUGUGUCGAGCUUCCUGCAGGGCUGUCAGGACUCGGACAGACAGCUGGCGGUGAUGCUGGGCUUCUCCUCGCUGACCAACCAGGGCUACCCAGUGGUGCCGUCGGUGUGGAGGGUGGUGCAGCACCUGCAGCCUGAGGCGCUGCUCGGCUACGUGGACUGGCUGAAGAACAUGUUCCUGCAGCCUCAGAUGGACCGACUGCUGGACUUCAGCACUCGCAAGCAGAAGAGCAACCAGGAGGGGAAGGAGCAGGAGAACUGGGUUUUCCGCCUGAGGAAGUGGAUCGUUGCUCGGCUCUCCUCCAUCAUCGACAACCACCAGGUGAAGAAGCAGGAGGAGCUGAUCAUGGAUGUGGCCCGGUUUGUCUUCUUCCACGCUUUCUUCAGCACCAAAAAGGCUUCAGCUGACAUCGCAGAGACGAAAGAGAAGCUUUCUGUCCCACUGGAUGAAAGAACCAGAGGAGUACUCGUCAAUUCUUUCUUUGGACUCCUCAUGUCGAUGCACCACCUGCCGCUCUCUGACGACUCGGCUGAAGGUGCAGCUGUGAACCAGAAGCGAGUGCUGGGUGUCACGGCUGACGGCAACAUGUGGAUCUACCACCUGGUCCAGUACGCUGACGUCCUGCUAAACCAGCCGAAGCACGUCCAGAACAGCCGUCCCUUCAGCCCCGAGCAGAGACAGGCCUGGGACAGCAUGUUGGAGUCUGUAGCAAACCUGAAGAAGAAAGCAAAGAAAGGCCCGUCAGCAGAGAGCAGUGCUUUCCAGCAGCUCUUCCUGCUGGUAGGAAUGCACCUGUUCAAGGCGCCUGAAGAGUUGCUGGACAUCAUGAAAGACCUACAGAGCUGUAUGGACAAAGCUCAGGAGAAGAAGGCCAAGAAGAAGAAGAAAAAGCAAGCCAGCGAGCAGCAGGAGGAGGUGGAGCCGGAGUGGGUGGAGGUGAUGGUGGACAUCUUGUUGUCUCUACUGUCACAACAGAGUCGACACAUCAGGCAGGUCUGCAAAACCGUCUUCUCCUCCAUCUGCCCCCACGUCACUGCAGCCGCCCUCACCGCCGUCCUGGACGUUUUGGACCCGGACAGGGAUGAUGAGGAGGACAGCGCUGUGGUCGUCACUGAUGACACAAACAAACCACAGAAGAAGAAGCCAAAGGACGGAGAUGAAGAUGAGGAGAUGGAGGAGUCCGACGACUCCGAAGACUCUGAUGAGGAAGCAGAAGAUGAAGCCAUGGAGGAGGAGAAGGACGACGAUGAAGAGGAGGAGAUGGAAAACGAAGAAGUGGAUCAGAACUUUCGUCUGGAGCUGAUGAAGGUUCUCCAGCAGCAGAACGCUCUGGCCACAGAGGAGGACGGCAGCAGCGACGAGGACAUGGAUGAUGACGCCAUGAUGGAGCUGGACAAGAGUCUGUCGGCGCUGUUCUCAGAGCAGAAGAAGAAGACUCAGGCCAAGAAGGAUGAGAAGGCCAAGCUCCAGAAGGAGAGGACGCUGGUCCGAGAGUUUAAGAUCAAGGUGUUGGACCUGGUCGAGGUGUUCGUGGCUCGGCAGGCCGGCAGCCCUCUGGUGCUCGGCCUGGUGGAGCCUCUGCUGACCAUCAUCGACCGAGGGAUGAGCUCCAACAGUGAGCAGCAGGAGCAGGACUUCCUCCGCAGAGCUGCAGAUAUCUUCAGGAAUCAGCUGUGCAGGUCUAAAGUUUACUGCAGGACCGCCGGUGACAGACAGGGGGAGCUCCAUGACCUGCUGGACAAACUGAUGACUAAAGCCCAGAAGCUGUCCGACUCCUCCGUCUGCCUCUACUACUUCAGUGCGUCUCUUUACGUGGUCAAAGUGCUGAGAGGAGCUCCUCCCGCUGAGACCACAGACGAGCCGGCAGCAGGAAGAGCUGCAGCGACCGACGUUGAGUUCAUGGGGAAUGUGGACGUAGAUCGAGUCUCCACCGUCUUCAGAGACGCUCUGAGCUCCUUCAUGAGUCGGAGGAAGAGUCCACUGACCGCCCAGAUGUUCACCGACUUGUUCUCCAGAUUCCCUGUUUUAUGUGUGAAGCUUUUGGACACAGCAGUGCAGAACAUCACAUCUGGGGUCAGAGAUCAUCAGCAGGGUCAGGCGUGUGUGCUGGUGUUGCGGGCGAUGCAGAGCCGGGAGGUCCAGCAGCUGCUUCAUGGAGCUCCGUGGAUGAAGCUCUGUGGGAACGUCAUGGAUCAGCUGGCAGCGAGUCUCCAGAAUGUCGGCCAGGCUGAGAGCAAAGUGGUGAAGGAGAAGGUGGUGAAAGUCCUGGAGCUCUGUCAGUUCGUGGUGAAGCAGGUUCACCAUCAGAAGCUGUCCGUGGACAUGGAUCCUCUCCAGAACGUCCUGCAGCCGCUGACCAGCAGCAUCGCCUUCAAGAAGACCGGCAAGCUGGAGGACACCUACUGGGCCGUGAUGAAACACUUCGGAGUCACGAAACCCAAAGUUGAAAAGACGAAACCUGACGGAGACGCCGACCAACAGGAAGCUCCCAAGAAGAAGAAAGGUUUUCUGCCUGAAACGAAGAAACGCAAGAAGCGUAAUAAACCCGUCCUGGAGCCGGCAGGAGACAAGUCGACCUCCACAAACAAGCCGGGGGCAGACAAAGGACAAGCCAAAAAGAAACACGACCAGAAAGCUAAACAGAAGCGACCGGCCGACGGAGAGACGGCUUCACAGCUGAACCCAUCAAAGAAGAGCAAAACACAGCCUGAGAACCAACCAGCCAAGAAGAAGAAGAAGAAGAAGAAACCCAAACAGAAGAAAGAGUGAAGUUAUUUAAACGGACACAGAGAGGCUUUUUCUAAUUCCCUUUUAAACCGGCUGUUUCUGUCUUUUGUCUGCCGUUUCAGUUCUGAUGAUGUUUUGAUAUAUUUCUUUAUUGAAAACCUCUGAUGUGUGGGAGGUGAAUUCAGACUGAUUAUUUUUCUAAUGUGUGACUGCUGUUGAUUAGAAAAUGUCUCCAAGCUUAAAUGUAUUUCUCUUCCUGGAAAUCCAUCAGCUCUGAAAAUAAACGAAUGAGAAAAAUGCUGCA